CUGCAUAAUAUUAACAUGUUAUUACCAGAGGUGUUUUAGAUAUUGAUCCUGUAUUCGGUGGUAGUUAAACUCAUUCCCCCAUCUCACAGGUCCAUACCUGCUUUACUAAUUUAAUAAAGACAAGUGACAGGAAAAUUUAAAAAAUGCCCAAGAGGAAGUCACCCGAGGGAGCGGAGGCCAAAGACGCCACCAAAGUUACUAAGCAUGAGCCCACUCGGAGGUCAGAGCGUCUUUCCUCAAAACCAGCUCCUAAACCUGAACCAAAGGCCAAAAAACCAGCUGCCAAGAAGCCAUCCAAUGACAAAGCUGUAAAGGAGAAGAAGGGCGGAGCCAAAGGAAAGAAAGAGGAGAAAGAAUCUGCACCCACUGCAAAUGGAGAGACCAAGCCAGAGGAGGAAACUGAGACGCCCAAUACCGAGGCUGAGGCCGAGUGAUUGAAGUUGUUUUCUGGAAUAACAAAGAACAUUUUUUAUUCCUAUUGAGUAUUUUGUAAAAUGCAAACUUUUUUUAGACUUACCGUACUAGAUUUCCUUAGCUAAAAGUCGACUCACACUCCCCGCUGAAGCACCGUACCCGUCUCCUUCUCUUUCAUCCGACAGAAGGAUAGAUUCAUUUCGAGGAAAAGCAACAAUUAUUCUUGAAUAUUUCACCAGCAGCUCGCCUGCCAAAUGCAGCCACUUGGAACAUGUCACAUCCUGGUUCAUCUUUUGCCACCAGAGUGCAUAGCCUUAGAGCCAUGUAUUUGGUUACUAAGGUCUUUGGUGUGUAUUGUCUUUGAGUCUUGUUAUUUAAUUGGUUGAAUAUCUUAAAAAUGAGAGAUACAAAGAGAGGGAGCAAAUGGGGAUGAGAGAUUUGAGUUGUAACCCUUAGCUUUUUUUUAAUCUCCUUUGUAGCAUUUUAAGAUUCAAGUGUGUUCUUUUAAAAUUGCUGAAUUAAACAUGACCCUUAACAGUGGCAGAUAUCCAUAGCAAUAAACAAGUGGUGCUUUGUGCUAGAAGGUUAGGAAAAUUCUACAAGAACUGAAUCUCAGACAAAUGUAAAAGUCCACAGAACUGGUUUGAGAGACUCCUCUGUAAAAUGUUUUCAAAUAAAGAUAAAUAAACGGUCA